CCUAAACCCCCCAAAAAAUCCCCACUAAUUUAAAGAUGUCGUCGUUGGCUACCGCAUUCCUCUCCCUGCUUCCCCUCAUUCUCGGGGCCUUCACACUCUUCUCCACCUUCCAAUCAACAAUGACCCAACUCCUCUCCUCCUGGCUCCGCUCCACCUCCGCCGCCGGAACCCCAGCUCCGAACAAGAAACCCACGGCGGCGGCCAUCACUGCAACAGGCAAGGGGGACCCGGGACUGCAGGGGGUGUUCGCGACGUUCGACAGGGACCGGGACGGGUACAUAACGAAGGAGGAGCUGAAGGCGUCGCUGGAGAAGAUGGGGAUCUCGACGGAGGACGGGGACGUCGCGGAGAUGGUGGAGAGGGUGGACGGGAACAACGACGGGCUGGUGGAUCUGGAGGAGUUCUCGGCGCUGUACGGGGAGUUCGCCGGCGGCGGCGAGGAGUUCGACGACGGGGAUUACUUGAUGAGGGAGGCGUUCGACGUGUUCGACGGGGACAGGGACGGGUUCAUCAGCGAGAUGGAGCUGAGCAGGGUGCUCUCAUGCCUGGGGCUCCUCCAGCAGCAGGGCGGCAACAGGUUGGAGGCCUGCAAGGAGAUGAUAAGGAGUGUGGAUGUGGAUGGAGAUGGGAUGGUCAACUUUGAUGAGUUCAAGAGAAUGAUGAUGAUGGACAACAAUGGUGGAACAAGCCUCAUUCCUGUUUCCUAGCUCCCAAAAAGUGGUUCUACUUUAUAUUAAAAAAGUCAUUUUUACUCAUACUAAUCCUUACUUUAGCUAUCGCACCAACCAUAUGUAUUUGGUUCCUUUAUAAACCAUAAAAUUCAAAAUUUGGAGAAUGGGACGGAGGUGGGAGUGUAUGUAUAAUGCAUUUUCAUCUAAUUUCUGUUCUUGAUGUACAGAUAAAAUACAUAUACGUGUAUUUGGAUCUAUAUUUUAUUGUUCUUUAAAUCUUUAUUAUGUAUUGGGCGCGCUGUGGUAUGGCCGGGUGGAUCGAUCGAUCAAGGAUGUGCUACCUAGUUUAGACUAUUAGCGUUGCUAUAACACUU